AAGUGUAUCAGAAAUAUAGGUUCGUUCGCGUUGUCACAUAACGAGACAUUUCUUAAAUGGAACACAGAUAAGGAGGUGAACUAGCUCGCCGAUUUUGUCAAAGUUUUGAGUUUUUUAAUCCAGCGAAGUGAGUGCAUUGCCUUCAAUUCAGUCAUGUUGAGAGUGGUUCUAAUCCUGGAGAUUUUGGUCUACACAUUUGCAGGUACACAUGCUAUUUCCUGUCUGAGUUGUAAGGAAGGCGCGGAGCAUCUCUAUGAGUGUGGAGAAGUUAUUCAGUGCAUGGACGGGCAGGCGUGCUUCGUUGAACGAGUGAUGCCGUUGGAUGGAGGACCACCAAAGUAUUUGGCUGGAUGCAGAGACAUGUCUUUGUGUAACAUUGACGGCUGUGCUGCAAAGGAAACCAAGAACCUUACUGCUGUUAUCAAACGAUCCGACAUCCCAGUCUGUUCAGAAUGUUGCUUCCACUCAUUGUGUAAUACGCAAGGAUGUGGUGGCGUUUUCGAAGUGAAUUCUACUUCAAUCCGAUGUUUUAGUUGCCCAAACGUUUACGGAAAUAUGUCUUGCAACUUUUUCACCUUAUGUGAUAAUAAAACUCAGAUGUGCAAGUCCGGAGUUAUCGAUGCACGUGAAAAUAACGGUCAUCCAGGUGCCGUGGCAUUGGGAUGUGAGAAACGAAAUAAAUGUGUAUUCACGAUGGAGCUUUACAUGAACAAGAGUACUCCUCUAGAAGAUCAAGCACUUCAUUGUUGUGACAGCGAUCUAUGUAACUGGAAACCACUAGACGACACCGGUAAAGUGGAGUCUAUAGCAAACAAGCUCACAUGUCCUCCAGAUCUUGUUGAGCGAUCAACAAAUGCCCAAGGAAUUACUGAAACCAGAACAGCGCCUAUCACAAACACCCAGCGGACAACAACGGCGACACCGCCAACAACAUCAACGAGGACAACACCAACAACGACACCAACGACAACAGCAACAACCACAACAACGACACCAGCGUCAACAACGACAUUUACAACAAGUACACUUAAUCCAACGUUGACAAGUGCAUCGGGAACACUAGCCGCCACGACACUAUCGCCAACAACGACAACUACAGCAACGACACCAGCGCCAACAACGACAUCUACAACCACAACACCUAAAACGACUCCAAUCACGACUGAGCAGCCAACAACCAUUGCACCUGCUACACAGACUACAGAAGCACCGCCGUUCCAGUUAGGCACUGAAAGUACCAAAUGUCACCAGUGUACAGGCCCGAUCCAGAUUUGUGAACAGAUUCAUUUCUCUAAACCAUGCCUUUACCCUAACAACUACUGUAUCAACCACAUCACCAACCAUUUGGACGGUACCAAGACCGUAAAUAGGACGUGCGGUAACUUUGACACAUGCUAUCGUGAAUGGUAUCUUGGGACAUCAGAUGAGGACAAAUGUGACGUGAUAAAAAACAACCAACACGUGGACUUCCAGUGUACCUUCUGCUGUAUCAAAAACGACUGCAAUGUACCUCUCAGACCUGCUGAGGACAGCCUGUACAAGCCCAGAAUGAUUGGCUAAGAUGCUCGAUUGUUGAUUUGAAAUACACUCCAUUGGCUGCAAAA